CUGACAACAAUAUAAAAUAAUGGAAUCCACGAGAUGUAUCAGCCACGAUAGAGCUGGCUGGGCUUCUUUUCAUCCUGUUCGAGACUGAUGGCUUCUUGCAUUGGCAACCUGCAACCAUCCUUACUUGCAAGCAGCAACAGAAAGAAAGAUGGAUGCUGGGGAGAAACUACCAGACGAAGUCCGAGCUAGAGGAUGAAUAAGAACCAAAGUAGAGCAUUAUAGUGCAACCUCACUCAUGGAGUUGUGGUUAAAAGGUGCUUCUUUUGCGCCUAAAGCGAGUGCCAGCCACACCACAGGGAGAGUGGCAACAAAAAGCCAGCAGCAGCCAUCCAUCAUCCCUGGCACUGGCAUGCACCUACCAACUUUUUGACAUGACACCGUCUCCUUCCUCGCUCUUCCCUUUCCCUCCUUCCUUUUACAGUCCACCGCUUGUCUUCUUCCCUCCUCUUCCCUGCAAUCCGACCUUCACACAAACGCCAUGAUCCUGUCGACUUCAGGAGAAGACAGUGAGAGCACCUCCUCGCUGUGCUCCUGCUACGCACCCAUCACGCUGCACAACAGCAAGAGCAGUGAGGGGAGGGAGGGCAACAGGGCCACCGCCCGUGUCAACGGCCAUGGCGCUGAUCCUGUCGACCAACAACUGCCCCCUCCUCCUCCUCCUCCUCCUCCUCCUCCUCCUCUUCCUUCUCCUUUGAAGAGCAACCUUAAGAAGCCAAUCAGGGAGGAAGAGCAGCGGCCGCAACAGGUGAUGGUGAGGGAUGGAAGAAGGAAAGUUAGCUGGCCUGAUGCCCAUGGCAGAGACCUUGCUCAUGUCCAAGUGUUCCAUUCAAGUGCGCCGGAGGAAGGGGAAUUUGCAGUGGCAGGGAAAUCUUGCAUUUGCAAUAUUCAAUGAUGGAGGUUAUCCAAAGAGAUUGCUGCUCUCUGGAUAGGAGGUGGAAAUAAUCUCAAACUCUACUUGGCAAAACAGCUAGCAGAAGCUUUGUCAUGGUGAACUCCUUCAUCAACCACCAGAAGAUCAUAACAGCAAAUAAAGAGACAAAUUAAGAAGCUUGUGCUGGUGUUUCUAGCUUGUUUACUUUUAAAGCCAUGAUUAUCAGUUUUCACUUCGAGCAGGGAAAAGGAGCAGCUGAAAGAACUCGACUCUUGACUUGAUAACUGGGGAUUGAUUGUAGAGGUGUUGAUUGAACCAUUUGUUGCUUGUAAAUGAUGUAUGUAGUUGACAGGAUCACUAAUACACAUCUGAUCUGCUCAUGCUUUUGAUGUGUUUUAGUUUUAGAAUGAUGAUUUGGAAAACAAUAUUACUUGUAACAAAGGUGGUAUGCUUCUACAUCUUAAA